GCCUCUCAGUUUAGCAAAGCAUCUCACCUGCACGUCUGGAAAAAUACAGAGAGCUCAACAUUAAUAUCCUCAACAAGAUAUGGAAGUCAGAGAGUCACCAGAGGGAUGUUCUCUCUCGUCUGAUGUGGGAGAGACCGGAGAGUCGGAGAGUUUCUGGAAAGCCAGCGGUUUAUAUGAAGGCCGCACAUCACAUCGAGCCAAAGAGUGGUUCAGUGUGGUUUCAGAGCUCACACUGCGAUUACAUGAAGGGAAACCUCGAAUGCCAGACUGUGACCUGGAGUCCAGCAGUGCACUCAACAUGGAACAUGCUGAGGAUAGAGCGCCCUCUUCAGUCAGGCCACAGACUGACAUUCAGAGAACAGAUAAUGCACACAGGGACCCAGAGGUCAUCUACGAUGAUGUUCCUGCUGAAAACCUCCAGCAUUCCGUAAAGUUUGUAGAUGACAUUUAUGAGGACGUCCAGAGACUGGAGGACCACGGAUCCCGCAAGUGGAGCGCCAGCGAGUUUGACAGCUACGAUGACGCGUCUGACAGUGAGGCCGUUCAUCCAGCUCACACAAGCAGCACCAAGCUGCCUGCAGAUGUGCUCAACCUGAAGCUGAGGCUGAAGCAGCGCUGUGCUGUCACCAGGAAGGAGCUGGCGGUGCAUUUGAGUCCACACCAUGUUUCUUACAUCAGGCAGAGCUGCGACAACAAGGUGCAGCAGAUCGUGAAAGCAGCCAGGAGCGGUACAAAGGAUGGUCUAGAAAAGACAAAACUGGCCAUGAUUCGCAAAGUAUCGUUCCUGCAGAGGAAAGACUCCACAGGUGAAGGAACGGACAAUGCCGGUUAUGUGGAUGUAACUGUGUGUGAGAUUAAACAUCCUCCGGCUCAACUCUGCCCCACACCAGAGGGACUGAGCAGUCAGCAGGUCGUCAGACGUCUCAUCCUCAGCUCCAUCGUACAGAGUGAGAGCAACUACCUGAACUCUCUCAAGAGAAUUCUCCAGGAGUAUCAUAAACCUCUACUGGAGCCAAAGAACAGUGUCCUAAACAUCAAGAAGGUGCAUCAGAUCUUUUUCCGUGUGCAGGAGAUCCAUCAGUGUCACUCGAUGUUCCAGAUCGCCCUGGCGUCCCGGAUGGCUGAGUGGGAUCGCAGCGAGAAGAUUGGAGACCUGUUUGUUGCCUCGUUUUCAAAGUCCAUGGUGCUGAACGUGUACAGUGACUACAUCAACAACUUCACCAACGCCAUGGCACUGAUCAAGAGAGCCUGCAUGUCUAAACCUGCAUUUCUGGACUUUCUUAAGAAGAAGCAGGCUUCCAGUUCAGACAGAAUCACGUUGUAUGGCCUCAUGGUGAAACCCAUCCAGCGCUUCCCUCAGUUCAUCCUGCUCCUGCAGGACAUGCUGAAGAACACGCCCGUCUCCCACGUUGACCGUUUGCCCCUGCAGCUCGCUCUCACCGAGCUGGAGACUCUGGCCGAGAAGCUCAACGACCAGAAGCGUCUGGCUGAUCAGGAGGCUGAGAUCCAGCAGUUAGCUCUCAGUGUCGGGGGACGCAACUUCACCAAGCUGCUGAACUCAGAGCACAGGCAGUUGAUUCACGUUGAACUGCUGACUGAGACAGUUUACGGGGACAAAGGCCAAGUCCUCAAGUCAAAGGAGCGAAAACUCUUUCUGCUCAGUGACACCCUGAUCUGUGCCAACAUCAACCUGAACAGAGGUCACCCUGACAUCAACAGCGUGGUCCCCGCUGGUCCUAAGUACUCAGUGAAGUGGUGUGUCCCUCUGAUGGAGACACAGGUAGUGGAGGUGGGACACAACAUGCAUGACAGGGACAGGGACCGGGACGUCCCAGCGAGACGCCAUAGCUCCAUAUCCAGCACCAACGAUAACAUGUUCCUGGGUCCGCCCAGACUCUACCAAGAGCUGGAGCAGCUGCACCAUGAUCUAGCUGUGGUAGAGGAAGUCUCUCUGCUGGUGGGAACCCUCAGUGGAACCUACCAGAAUCUGAACACCACUAUAUCACAGGACUGGUGUCUGGCUCUGCAUAGACUUAUCCGCCUGAAGGAGGAGGAGAUCCAGAACGCCAACAAGUCUCACCUGCAUCUGUCUGUACCAGGCAAACCUGACAGGUCUGGUCAUCCAGUGAGCAUCAGGGUGGUCUUCAACACUCCCAGCCCUCUAAGUAAGAUCUUCUGGGUGAACCGACUUCACCUCGCCAAGAUAGCACAGAGGCAGGAGAACAAUCCCGGGUGGGAGUGUGCUGAAGAGGACGAGAAGACAAAAGCUCCAUUUACUUUUCCACUGCUGACAUGCAAACUUCCUGCUCGCUCCUCCAAAACACACACACGGAAGCUGAAUGCAGCUCUUCAUAGUCCAUUUCAGUCCAGCCUGCUUGGUUUCUGCACAGCCACCACAACACUACCACAGGGUUAUCUCUGGGUAGCUGGUGGAGGAUCCAACCAUGGCCAUGUGGAGAUCUUCUCUCUGAACAGAGUCACUCCUCGUCUGGUCAAGACCAUCCCACUGAGGUCCUCGGUCUUGUGCCUGGAGUAUGUGAGGGAGCCAGUUGUCCACACAGAGGAGGAGGCUGACAAGUCACAGAGUUCUGCCAAGAUAGGAAACAUUAUUUGUGCCGGCCUGCAGGACGGCAGCAUCAAAGUGUACAGCAGCCUGGAUACGGCGGUCCAGUGCCAGCUGACUUUGGCGAACCCUGACAGCUCUCCAGUCCUCUGCCUUAAACAUCUACUGUCCAAGCUCUUUGCCGGACUCCACAAUGGCACAAUAGCUGUGUACCAGAGAAAGCCUGGAGAGAGACUUUGGGACCUGGACUCUUGCAGCCCGGUGCCUCUGGGCUCUGAGCCGGUCUGCUGUCUGCUGUCAGUUGAACACACUGUAUGGGCCAGUUGUGCCAACCGAGUCACUGCCAUCGAAGCUUCCUCCCUGCACACACAGAGUUUUGAAGCCCACUCUGACCCAGGCUGCAGCGUUAGCCACAUGGCUCGUUUAGGGGGAGGAGUUUGGAUGGCCUUCACCAAAAGCUCGUCCAUUCACCUGUUCCACAUAGAGACUUUAGAGCCACUGCAAGAAGUCAACAUCUCCACACGCACCGCCCAUCUACCACCAGGUCAAGUUUGUGUCUCCAGCUUACUGAUCUGUAAGGGCCUGCUGUGGGCGGGCACCAGUCAGGGCAUCAUCAUCACCUUCCCCGUAUCCACCCUGGAGGGAAUCCCUAAGAUUAAUGGUAAAGGCACGACGUCUGUGAAUGCUCACUGUGGUCCAGUUGACUUCCUGGUGUCGGCAUCCAGCACGCUGAUCUCUGACUUGCUCAGACAAGACUCUACCCUCAACAGCAGUGAAGUGGGUAUGAAUGGAGAUGGAGAAGAAGACGGACGGGUUAAAGAGCAUGUGAAAGGAGACGAAAGAGGGCACAGCCGGAAGGACAGCAGUUACCGCCUGGACUCAGGAGAUCAUCCGCCGCAGGAACAGAAGCCAAAGCAACUCUUGCUGCAGUACAGCCUCCACUCCACCUGCCAGCUCCCUGGUAAGCUGCUGUCAGCUCAGUCGGAACAGGAGAUCUCGAGGACACCACCGGAGUCACUCGAGCACAGCCUGGAGGACAGCUCCAUCUAUGAAGUGAUCGAGGACCCCGGUGUGUGGGUGAGGGGUCAGCCGGUGGAGCGGGGAGAGGAGGGGGAGGUCAGGCACAGCAGAGGCACCUCAACCGCCAUCUUCUCUGGUGGCAGAGGAUACCGCAGGAUUGGAGUGACGGCCUCUGAAGACACUUGCUCAGACUUGAAUGAAAACACACUGCUGGUGUGGCAACUCCCUUUAACUUUCAGCCAGUGAUAGAAUAUGUCUGGAGUCAAGGACCCAGCAGGAAGAAUGAUAACUAGAUUGUGUUAUUUCUGUACAUUUUGCCUAAAAAAAAAUUGUAUUUAAGCUGAGAAGUAUAACUUCUAACUAUAUUGUAUGUAUAUAAAGACGGUUGGAAUGGUAAAGCCGUGUGUCAGGCUUGCAUUUUGACUGAUAACAGUACCUUUACUCGAGUGUGCGCUGUGCCCGAUGUCUGUGUCAGUGAGGUACGUAGCGUGACAAAAAUGAAACGGUCAGUGCUGGUUAUUUUGCUACUAUUCUAUAUACUAUUACUAUAAAAAAAAUCUCACUGUACUGUAGCAAACCGAACUGUUCCAGUUGAUGGGAAUAUGGCUUAAAAUGAAGGGAAAUAUUCUGGAUAGAGGAGUUGCCAUCUCACAGAACUGAUUCUGUUGUUUCACCCUGUUUUUUAUAGCGCUGUGCAACUAAUACAAAUAUUUGACUCAUCCCAGCCACACAUAUGGAGAAAUGAAUUAUACUAAAUCAAAAAAUAAACAGAAAUGAUGUCCCACAGAUGACCAUGGAUGACACCAUGACAACCGCAGCCACCAGAUUGAAAAGCUUGGGCACUGUCAUGUCAAUGAUUCUUGUAUCAAUCGUCUAGCCUAGUCUCGGCACCAACCUGAACCGUGCCGUGCCGUGGUGAGGCGAGUCCAGGCAAGGCGAGCUGGGACCAUAAUGGAAAAGGGCCAUAAAUUGACCCCAGCCACAGGGGGCCACAUCCAGUGUACUCCUAGUCCCAAGCCCAGAUAAAUGGGAGGGUUGUUUCAGGAAGGACAUCCAGCGUAAAUACCUUUGCCACAUCAAAUAUCUGUUUCAUCCGCUAUAAUGAAUAAUAAAACAAACAAUCAGUAAAAGUAAACACUCAGUAAAUACAAAACCAUGCUUCUCUAGGAUUAAUGACCACUCCAAGAACCUGAUUCUCUUCUUCUUCAUAUAAUGAAUCGCAUGAUCUCUGUUAGUACCGUAUGAGUGGACAGAAGGCUGUUUUACACUAUUCACUCAGAACUAAUAAUGAAUAAUAUAUUACUUUGGUA